AAAGUUUCAUUUAGGGGGAAGGCUUGGACAAAAGUUGGCCAGCGGUUUUGGGGAUUUUCGACGCCGUUGUUGUCCAAUCUCAAAUGCAUGGGUCGCACUCGUCGUACGUCGGGGCCAUAACAGCGCGCAGCUACCGCGGCUCUCCCGCAUGGCUGUGAUCGUCGGAGGCUAACGUUGCACUGCGAGCGUGUCCGUGACGAGGAAGAUGUCCACGGCUAACGUUAGCGAUGACAUCCGAGCGGCGUUCCCCCUGCACUCCGCCGUGUGGGAGAACGACUACCGGAGGCUGGAGGCACAAAUAACCACACCGCAGAAUGACAUUGAGGCUGUGGAUCCCAGAGGUCGGACGCCUCUGCACUUGGCCGUGUCACUCGGGCACCUGGAGUCGGUGAGAGUCCUUUUGAGACACGGCGCUGAAGUGACUAAAGAAAACGGAAAGAGCUGGACAGUUCUGCAGGAGGCUGUCAGCACCGGAGACCCAGAGAUGGUUCAGUUAGUGCUGCAGCGCAGAGACUACCUCAAAGCCUCCACUGCUCUGGGAGGAGUGCCUGAGCUGCUGUCAAAAAUCCGAGAGUCUCCAGAUUUCUAUAUGGAAAUGAAGUGGGAAUUCACCAGUUGGAUCCCUCUUCUGUCCCGGGUUUGUCCAAGUGAUGUCUGUCGUAUUUGGAAAAGUGGCGCCAGCCUCCGAGUGGACGCCACUCUUCUAGGCUUUGAAAACAUGACCUGGAUCAGAGGGCGUAGGAGCUACAUCUUCAGAGGAGAUGAUUCAUAUGCGGAGCUGAUGGAGGUGAACCAUGAUGAUGAAGUGGUGGACACUGAACGCUUCAACAUUUCCCAAGAAAUGGAGGAUGUCACACUAGAGUCAAUGCAGCCGGCUGAACAGGAAGUUGCCAAAAGGUUGACUACUCCCAUUGUCAACACCUACUUGGACACCAAGGAUAUCGCUUUUGACAGGAACAAGUCUGGGAUAUGGGGCUGGAGAACUGACAAAACGGAAGUGGUCAAUGGAUUUGAUGCAAAGGUUUUCAGCGUGAACAAUGUAAAUGUGGUGAUCAGGACAAGGACAGAGCAUCUUACAGACGAGGAGAAAGCCAGGAUAAAAAGUGAGAGGAACAUCCUGGAGUCUCUGCUGGGGACUGUGGAGCAGCACAUAAGUGCACAAGGGGACCUUACUCUUGAGUAUGCAACUGCCACCAAUCCCACUGCCAUCACUCCGGAGGAAUAUUUUGAUCCCGACUUUGACCUUGGGAACCGAGACAUCGGCCGACCCAUUGAACUAAGCAUUCGAACACAGAAAUUCAAAGGUACGUUGUGGAUGAGUGAGGAACAUCCUCUGUCCCUGGUGGAGCAGGUAACCCCCAUUAUUGACCUCAUGGCCCGGACAAGUUCCCAUUUUGCACGGUUAAGAGACUUUGUGACCCUCAAUUUUCCUCCGGGAUUCCCUGUGAAAAUAGAGAUUCCCUUGUUUCAUGUACUCAAUGCCAAGAUUACAUUCGGUAAUGUAAAUAAAUGCAGUACAACAGAGGAAGCGAGCACUACGCCAGCAGCUACGCCAGCAGCUACGCCAGCAGCCACGCCAGCAUCCACGCCAGCAACCACGCCAGCAGCCACGCCAGCAGCCACGCCAGCAGCCACGCCAACAUCCUCCGGAGAAGAUGAAGACGCUGCCGCACCGCCUCCGUUCAAGGUGUGUCCCUCAGUGUUUGUGGUGCCCGUCAGUUACCACCGCAGAGGAGGCAGCCGCCACACACCCAUCUCCAACAAUGAUGAGGAGCUUUUGCAGUACGCCAUCCAUCAGAGUCUGCUGGAGUCUUGCAGAGUCCCGGGCCAGGAGGGGACCUUGGAUGAUGCUGAUGGGGACCCCACUGAUGUAAACCCCAGUAGCCUGAGUGACAGGAGUAUCCCAGAGGGGGUGCUAGUGGAAUUUGGAGACACUUCCAGUGCAACCAGCUCCACCUCUGCCUCCAGCCCCGAAACAGACCUCCGCCUUGCCAUGGAGCUCUCCGCACGAGCUCAGGCGGAAGAGGAGAGAGUGAGGAAGCAGGAGGAAGAGGAGCUGGAGAGGAUAUUGCAGCUUUCGCUCACUGAGAAGUAAAAGGGAUAAGAGGGAAUUGUAAUAAUACAACUUUUUCAGAUCCAGAAACAACCACCACACCUCAGUUUUCCUUCCUAGCCACUGUCUAUGCAACCGCAGGUUUCCUUCUGUAACGGAUAAUUUUUGCACACACGCAAUAUCAAACUCUCUGUAUCCAAUUUUUCCAAAAGGUAUUUUUGGUAAGAACAUACUCCUUUAUAUAUUUCUAUCUCAGCAUAGUUGGUAUCCUUGCUCAUGCUGCAUUCAUGGGCAUGGGCAUCAUUUGGAAUGGGUUCUGGGUUCAAUUUAUUUAUUUUCUUUUUCCAACUCAGAAUCACAGCAGCAUUUAGGUUCUGUCAACAGAAAUAUUUGACUACUCAAGGUGACUUCAUAUAGUGUGUUGACCCAAGGAAGUGGCACUUAAGGUGGCACUGUUUUGUUUUUAUUUCCUGAUAGUUUUCCUACAGAGUUGAGGACCAUGGACUCACUGUAUAACAUAAAUCUCAGGGUUCAAAUUUUACACAUUUUCCCUUCACUUUAGAAAUGUUUUAAAGUGUAUUUUAUUAAUCCGUUGUCAAACUUUAUGAAAUUUUCGCCUGGUAAUGUUUCUUCGGGGCAAAAAUGGUAUCAUUAAUAUCACUGUGCCAUACCAAUAUUGAUUCAGAAAGGGGGGAUUCAGUGGGUCAAAAGGUCAUAAGUUCAUGUGAGUUCCUUGUACUUUGUCAAUGUACACUAAAAAAAACAGCAUGUUGCUGUUGGAUAGGGGUUGGCCUGUCCUUUUUUUUACUGUAUAUUUUCUCUGACUUCAAGUAUUAUCACUUCAGUUCAAAAAUGCAAAAUCAGAGACCGGCCUGACUGUGGAUUUUCAAUUGUCAAGCUGCCUAGAAAGCGUCACACAAACAAUAUUGUGGACAUUUUUCUGAUUCCUAAAGGCAGUCGACCUUUUGUAGCCAUGAACAACAUUAGACCUCUGAGCAGAGGAAUAGAAAGGACAGCACAGGCACAAGGGUCACGCAUGCCCGCCACCAGUAGGUCUCUUCAGCAUGUUCCAGUGGAUUGGAGGGAUGCUGACAGUUUUACGUGGUGCCACUCUGACUAAACUUUCUGAGAAGUUUUACUUAAACUUGUAACUUAAAAAUGUCAUGAAGAGGGUGUUUGCUUAGUAACAUUCAUUAACCACUAUACUUGAUUUCACACAGCCAACCACUUGCAGUGGCAAGAAAAUGUAUGUGAACCAUUGGAUUCUGUAGUAAUUGGUCAUAAAAUGUGAUCUGAUCUCCAUCUGAGUCACAAGUAUAGAAAAACAAAGCGUGCUUAAAUUACACACAGACCAUUAUAAUGUUGUCUUCAAUGAGCAUACCUAUUAAACAUUCACAGUGCUGGUGGAAAACGUAAGCUGGGUGCCACCUCGAGGGACAGUGAUAUCUAAAGAGUUUAUGUAAGUGUGGACCGAUAAAUAUCUAGAAUCUUUGAGAUUACUUUGUAAACCUUUCCAGCUUUAUGCAAAUCCACUUUUCUUGAUCACAAGCUAUCUGAGAUGUCUUUUCAUACAAUAAUUUUGUCUGUUAUUCAUUAACAUAGAUUGUCUGUUCAUAAUUGUAACUUGGAUGAAGAUCUGCGCAUAUUUUAAGACAAUUUUACACAUAAAUGCAGGUAUUUCCACGGGACUCGCUCACUUUUUCUUGUCACUUAUUAAAGGUCUCUGCUUUGCUACGUCUGACUUUCAGGGGCUGAAAAACUCUUUAUAGUAAUCAAAUUGCCAAAACUGCUGAACGGUUGUUUUUUUCUUUUUUUAAAUGCUGGCUGUGGUUAAUUUAAUGCAGAUCUUUGUAAUGCACCGAUUGAGCUGCAAAGUUGUUGGUUUUUUUACAUGUUAAAACUUUAGGAAAAUGUGUUGGUUUCUAAAUGUUGUUUUUAAAAUAAAAGCACUUUAUUUCCA